AGAGGAAGGAACUCCGGUUACUCUGAACUGCUCGGCUCUUGCGCCCUGUCCCAUUCUCCCUCCAGUGCUGACAUGGACACCGAGUACAGGAGACAUCAAGGAGACAGUGGAAUCAAAAUCUAUAACUUCUGUCAUGAGCUUUAAUGCUUCUUACCUCGACAAUGGACAGAAAUACUCCUGCACCGUCGUCUAUAAACGACAGGCAGGAAAAAGUGACCUCAAGUAUGAAAAACAUCUCGUGCUACAUGUUCUGUAUCCUCCAAAUAACACGUCAGUGAGCUACUCUGGUCCUGUGAAAGAGGGAGACCUCACAACUCUCACCUGCAACUCUGAUGCAAACCCGGCUGUGGACAGUUACUCCUGGUUCAAAGUCAGUGGAGAUGAUGAGGUCUCAAUGGGAUUUAAAAAGAUGCUGUCAACCCCAGUCACAGAAGUGGACAGACAGUUUUACUGCCGGGCCAGUAACAAACAUGGAUCCCAGAACUCCUCCAUCACUUAUAUAGAUGUGCACUUUUCUCCAAAGGAAACAGCCGUAAUCGUGGACCCCAGCGGUCCAAUCCUGGAGGACAGCUCGGUUUCUCUGUCCUGCAGCAGCCGUUCAAACCCACCAGUGACCAACUACACCUGGUACAGAGAUGACGAGGUGGACCAAGAGACCGGACCGAUCAUGAAGAUUGAAGAUAUCAAUCCCAGCUUUAGUGGGGAUUAUCACUGCACUGCAGAGAACAGCCUCGGAGAGGAAACGUCUGCAAAGGUCCAUCUGGAUGUUCAGUGUGAGUUUGUUCUGCACAGAGGAGUGUUGUGUUGAAGAUGCUGCUACUGUUGGUCCAGCUGUGAUAACCCAGACAUGAUCUGCAGCCAGGAAGACGACAGUGUGUGGACCUCAGACAGGGAGCUAUUGUCAUGCUGUAUGACAGCAUUUAAAAUCCUGUCUGUGUUAACAGUCCAUCAUGCUGAGGUCCUGUGUGUCCCAGUGUGUCUACUUAUGUGUAGCUGUUUGUCUGCAUCCUGACGGACAUGUGACUUUUGAAUAUUAACAAGUUACGGUGGUGACAGUUUAAAGAAAAAUAACUUCAUGUGGAUGAGAUAGUUUUACAGUUGUUGAUUUUUUAUGUUUUUUUUUAUCCUACUUCAAAGAUGGGCGGGGCUUUUAUUUUGGAGGUCAGAGCAUGAUGUCGUGACACUUCUGAAAUGUCAUGAGACUUACACCAGUUGACACAAAA